UCUUUGGGCUACCUCCAUCCCCGGCUUCAAUCUGUUAGUCAAAAUUUGUGAGUGCUUUUUCUCAUCGUAUAACAGUCACUUUCCAUCCCCCAAAAUCUCUUUCUUUCUUAACCAGAAUCACUGAAUUUUAAUUUCAUUUAUUAUUAUUUUUUUAUGAUCAAAACCACACUCACCAUCUAAAAUUUCCUCCAACGGAGACCAUCAAAUGCAGAUCAGUCCCCAGCAACAAUUUUUUAUGAUCAAAACCACACUCACCAUCUAAAAUUUCCUCCAAUGGAGACCAUCAAAUGCAGAUCAGUCCCCAGCAACAAGAGCAAGAUUGCAAGAACUUUCCAAAAAGUCAUAAACCUCAAGACUGCAACAAGAAUUGCUUCCAAUAAUGGGAUUGGGAUUUGCAUACUCACUCCACAAAGAAAGUUUCAGGAUGAUCCAACCACAAUUUACAAAUCCCAUAUUUCCGCCACUGACAAGCACAAGGAUGAUCAUUCUAAAGCCAAGCGCAAGGCAGUGUUGGAUGCAUUACUUGCCAAGCUUUUUGCAGGCAUCACUACCAUCAAAGCAGCUUAUGCAGAACUUCAAAUGGCUCAGAAUCCUUACUGUAGUGAUGCUAUACAUGCUGCAGAUCAGGCUAUUGUAGAAGAGCUCAAGCUACUAUCAGAACUUAAACGAAGCUUUUUCAAGAAUGAACUUGAUCACCUCUCACCACAGGUUACUGUUAUGCUUGCAGAGAUUCAGGAGCAACAGAGCUUGAUGAAGACUUAUGAGAUCACCAUCAAGAAACUGGAAUCGGAAACUAAGUUUAAAGAUUCAGACAUUUCCUUGCUCAAGAAACAGCUUGAUGAGUCCAUUGCAUUCAACAAGUCUCUAGAGAAAAGAUUAAAUGCAAGUGGGGCUUUAUCGAUGUUUGAUAAUAUUCAGUUCUCGAUCUUAAAGCCAACCCAUUUCGUUCAAUUCUUGCAUUCUGCUUUGAGAUCCAUAAGGAGUUUUGUGAAGUUGAUGGUUCGUGAAAUGGAGGUUGCUGAAUGGGAUAUUGAAGCAGCUGCAAAAGCAAUCGAAUCUGAAUCCAUUUUUCCAAAGCCAACCCAUCGUUGCUUUGUGUUUGAAUCAUUUGUGAGCAAAACAAUGUUCGAGGGUUUCAAUUAUCCAAAUUUUAUGCUCCCAAAUGAAUCUCCACCGCCCAUGGAUCACCAUCACCAUUACCGUCACAGUGGUGAACACUACUUCAAUAAGUUCAAGAAGCUAAAAUCAGUGAACCCAAGACACUACUUGAACCAAAAUCCAACUUCAUCCUUCGCAAGAUUCACCAGGGCCAAGUAUCUGAAGCUUGUACAUGCAAAAAUGGAGUGCUCUCUGUUUGGAAAUUUGAACCUGAGGAAGCUAGUGAACUCCGGUGGAUUCCCUGACACCGCUUUCUUUGCAGGUUUUAUAGAGAUGGCUAGGCGAGUAUGGUCUUUGAACCUUCUGGCCUUCUCAUUUGGUGAAGAUGUUAGCAUUUUUCAGGUGAGCAAGAAUUCCAGAUUCUCUGAGGUGUACAUGGAGAGCGUAACCCAAGAAUCUUUACUAGAAAGUGACGGUGUUGACGCCGAUUUGCGGGUGGAUUUCACGGUGGUUCCCGGGUUCAAGAUCGGUAAAACUGUGAUGCAGAGUCAGGUUUAUCUAUCGCCGGCGGUUUCUCUCCGCUAGAUGUGGAUGCGCGUGGGUUUAUAUGGGUCACAUGGGGAAGCACUGGCAUUUGGACCCACACGUGAAAGUGGCACGGGGUGAUGAGGCUGUGGGGACAGGAGCUGGUGUCUUUGUAAUAUGACAGACAAGGAAACGGUGUGGAAGCAACAGGUUUAUCUUGAAAUGCUGUGCUCAUUCCCCUU